AUGGCUUCAGUCUUGUGGAAGAGAGUGAGAAUACUGGGUAAAGGUGGAUAUGGGGUUGUUUCUUUAGCUUCAACGUCCGAUAAUCAACCUCCCACGUUAGAGCGUCUUCCACCUCUCAUCGCCGUGAAAACUUGCUUACUCCAUCGCUCUCAAUCGUUGCAAUAUGAAGAGGCAUUCCUCAGCAUGUUUGCGGACUCGCCUUUCAUUAUUCACUGUUUCAGACCUAAUAUUGAACUACAAGAUGGCGUUGCCGUUUACAACUUACUACUCGAAUAUGCCUCCGGAGGAAGCUUAGCUGAUCGUCUUCACAACUACAACUCAGGGAAAGGACUGUCAGAAUUUGAA